UCGGUAGAUAAUAAUACUCCAUACACCCAAAUCCAACAAGGAUGAUGCAACGGAAUGGAAUGUUUGAUUGUCGGCACGUGCGCGGACAGGUUUUACCCACUUGUCAUCGCCUCGGAUAAGAAUUUAAUCUUCAACUCAACGGAGACGGAAGGAGGAACUUUAUUCUUUCGUUGUGCGUGUGCAGUUAUAUGUGAUUAUACGGUCGGAUUGACUGGAUUGAUUGGGUUGUUUUAAUGAGGAGAGGAAAGGAGAGGAAAGGAGAGGAAAGGAGAGGAGAGGAGAUUUUUAAUGCGUGAGAUUGUUGUGUAGAUUUGUUUGUUGGGUUUGGGCUGCGCAUGUGGGAAACUUGAAGGCGGGAUUGGUAAGUAACUACUUGGGUUUGUCUGUGGUUUGAGGGAUACCCACGGAAGACCCACCUUUCUGGAUAUACUCCAUCGGUGUUUGUCUCUACCACGGUUUAACAUUUAUUCCUUACCCAACUAAGCUUUCAGCUUGAGAUGGAUACUGAAGGUGUGGAGGGGACGACAAUCAUGCGUCGCAGAAAUGGUAAACGUCCUUCGUGUGAACCCUGUAGGAAGGGUAAAUUGGCUUGUGGGCAUGAAUUGCCAGUUUGUGGGAGGUGUGUUAAGAGGGGCUUGGAGGAGAGGUGCUGGUAUCACCCUGCGCCUAUGAGUAGGGGAAGAGGGGAGGAGGGGAAUGAAACAAGUGAGGGCGGUGAAAGAAGUGAGAGGAGUGUUGUGAAACGGAGGAGGGUAGGUGAAAAGGUGACAGUGGAUGAGGGAGUUCGUGAAGAAAUGGAAGAUGAAGGAGGAGACGUCGCAGGCCUGGAUAGCUUGGCUGUUGCGGCAGCUAUGAGCGAUGGAGACAGAGAAGAAGAGAAUGAGUGGAGGACGAAACAUACUAAAACCAAUGGAGAUGGAAGCCGAAAUGCCGACAACAUCACCACUUCACGGCAUGAUUCUCUAGGCAGAAUUUUCACAACUACAGCGGAGAACCAAAGUACAACUAAAAACCCUGAACCCCCGUCCAUGGCAAACAUUUACCGUUCUUCUCGCGGCUGUGUAUCAUCUAGCCCGCAUCUCCAAUCCUAUAAACACCCACUUUCUAAUUCCCAAGAUCAAAAUUCGGGAAAAGCGACAAUGCAGAGUAAUUUGAACGGAACCAGUUACCCAAAAAGUCGACGUUAUUGGGGUCCUACGAGUUUUGGGGCUGUGUUCAGGGAUGGUGAUGGUAGAGUUGGAGGAAAUGAUGGGGAGAGGAAUGGGAAGAAAGUGGGAGGAGAAUCUGGAAUUGAGGAGGGAAUGGGGAAUUGGCGGUUUGUUGGAUAUUGGGGAGGAUGGGAGGAAAAAUCCUAGUUCUUGGCCUUUUGGUCAGCCGCUGGUGAGUUUUGUAGUUUCUUUCCUAUUUUGGUUUUUCUCUUCGGACUAUUUGGUGUUUUCCAAACGAAACAAAGCCCGAGGAGGAUGUAUGAUGUGUUUUGGUGUUAGGAAGAUAGUCUGAGUAGACCAGAAGAGAGAAUGUGGAGACUAUGCAGGCAGUUCCUGUCCAAUGUUUGAGUUUCUAUCUUCACCGGCACUUGAUAAAUUGGGGAUUCU